AAAUUUAUUUCGCUCAUUUCAACUCGAUCUCUUUUGUCUUCGUUUCCUGUCAACUAUUGUUCUUGAUCUUCAAUCUUGUCUUCGCAUAUUUUUAACUGUUUUACUUUAUCGUUGACUUAACUUAUCAAUAGAUAAGCACAGUAUUUAUCGUUAGCCGGAUUGACAAGAAUUAAAAUAACAUCAAGACUUGGAAUACACUCAGUGAAUCAUUUGGUUUGUUUGGAAUUCCUUUUGAUAAUUGGUUUUCUGGUAUGAAAGGAUCGUGAUAUUGUUUAUUCUCCAAACAUUUUCACUUGAAUUGAAAAGGCUGAAUCAUGGAGUCAAGUAUAAAUUUGACCCAGGAGAACGCAGUAGUGGCAGUCGCAGUGCCUAUGCCUAUGGUACAAAUAAGGAAAAAGAAAAAGAAAAAUAAGAAAAGAAAUAAAAACAAGAAAAUGAGGACUAUGUUGUACCGAACGAAUGUGGCGUGCGGUGUUACGAUAACCAGAAAUAAUUUUUCGUCGCAUAAAUGGUUUCAAACGAAUAAAAUACUCAGAGUACCAAUUCCGGUUCCACUACCAGAGCCUCGGAAACUACCUCCUCCCAUUCCUGAAGGAAAGAUUGUCCGAGAAAUAAACAUGGCGACUGUUGGUCAAGAGAUUUGGGGGAAGAAGCGAUGUCUCAAAUCUCCAGAUCAAUAUUUUGCGAUCCCGAAAUUUUUCUUUGCCUGGCCAAAAUGGAUUGCAGUUGAACUCAGAGAUAUUAAACAUGAGCUAAAUCAAACAAAAAGCCUUUUGGAUAAUUACCCGUUGAAUUCCUGGCACAAACACACGAAACGGAUGAACACAGCAGGUCAAGUGAUGCCAAUCGUGAGGCAGGAGUUUCAACCAGAAUUUUGUAGCCAAGCGUGGUGCAAAAUGUACGAGUGUCUUAGCACUUUCUCUCUAGUACCUGAACGUAUUACUACGGCUGCCUCUCAACCAGACGUGUCUGCCCGUCCACGUUUUCUGUCAAUACAUUUAUGUGAAGCCCCAGGAGCGUUCAUUUCUGCAACCAAUCAUUUUCUAUCUACUAAUUACCCAACAAUUCAGUGGGACUGGCUCGCCACCACCUUAAAUCCACACUACGAAGGAAAUGACAUUGGAACUAUGAUAAAUGAAGACAAGUUGAUCUUGAGUUCUUUGAAUAAUUGGAUUUUUCUCAAAGACACGACCGGGAACAUAAUGAACAGGGCUAAUUUGGACAGUUUAAUUGAGCAGGUUAAACAAAAAUGUCUUAGUCUGGAACACUCUGUUGAUUUGGUCACUGCGGAUGGAAGCAUUGAUUGCCAGACGAAUCCCAUGGAACAGGAGAGCGCUGUCGUAGAAUUACAGUUCACUGAAAUAAUUGCUGCCCUAUCAAUUUUGGGUGUCGGGGGAAGUUUUGUACUCAAAAUAUUCACCUUUUUAGAAUGUCAAACAAUUAGUCACUUGUACAUUCUGUGCUCCUUAUUUGAAGAAGUCCAUCUAUUUAAACCAGCCACGAGCAAAGAAGGAAAUUCAGAAGUUUAUGUCGUCUGUCUAAAGUACAGAGGCCGUAGAGUGUUCAGAAAUCAACUGGACUUUCUAGUAGAACACGUGGGAUGGAAAACGUCCAUCUUGAGCAGGCGUGCUAUUAUUUCUGACACCCUACUAUUUUUUGGCACAUUCAUGAGCAAAAUUCUUGAAGCCGCCUCGUUUUUCACUCAAUAUCAAAUUGCUGUUAUAAAGCGAAACAUCAAAACUUGGGAGGAUAAAAGUGGAUUAUCUCUAACGUAUUAUCAACAUGACAUAAUGCAGUGCCAUGUGUCUUGGGAAUGGAUUGAUCGCUACGAUGUUAGAUCUCUGCAUCCUCAAAAGUCUUUAUUUAAAUUGAGAUAUUUCCCUCGACAUAUUACACAUGUAGAUCCUAGAUUCGAGAUUGGGUGUUAUCACGAUAAACUCUUGUUGCAUCAAUCGACAGAUUUAUUGGUAAAAAUGGAACAAAUCAAACGACAAAUUGAGCAUUACCAGAAAUUUGAAAGUAUGUCGUGGGAUGUGUCUGAAAUAUCGGGCUCAUUUUCACAACUCUCCCCUCUCGUGGGUCGCCCGUACAAAAACAUAUUGAGCUCUCGUUUCUGUUUUGGAAAAAUCCUACAAAUGCGAAGCGAUUUGAGAGCAGCUAUAGAACCCGUGUGGUCCUUAAAGCAUUGUAAAACUUGGGUGGCUGGGCGCAAACAGUGUGAUACCACUGAUACCUGUAUUACGUGUAAUCUUGAAAGUAUUCGGUACCACUUUUCACGAGUGUUAACAGACUUGCCUGAAGAUUCGACGGAAGAAGACUGGGAAUUUAGUUUCCUCUGCUGUGCAGAGUCAGUGAGUGAUAUCUUGUAUUACUCUGAUGCCCAGAGAACUCGAAAAGCACUCCUGAAAAUGCUCCUGAAAAUUUCAGAACUUAAAAUUAACCAAUCCUUGUUCCUCUGCACAUUUCCACUCUUGUCAAGAAUUCAACUCGGGUUUAUGUAUGCUCUAAAUGCAAUUUUUAAUAUGGUUGUACUCGGUUCAGGAGGAAACGUGUACAGUAAGGAAUACCCUCAAGGAAUUCUCCUCCACCGAUAUAAAGGCAUAAACUCCAUCAAAGAUCGGAAUAUGAUACUGGAACUAGUCCGUAUUGUCAAUGAGAUGGAUAAAAGUAAUGCAAGUGGGCGUGGUGAAGCCAUACUGGAAGUCGUACCAGCUAAGAACCUGAUUGAACUAGCCAACUUUAACGAUAUCUUGAUCUACAAUUUAGUCAACACGGCAAAUGAAUUGUCCCAAAUUAUAACGGAAACUAAGGACGUCAUGACGCAACAGGAAGAAUUUGCGAAAUCUGAUGAACCACAUUCACUUACAUCUACAACCCUUCUCUUGGAACCCUGAUCGGCCCAUUAAUUCGCUUUUAUUCACGCUGUUAUUUAAAUAUUACUUGUUAUUAAUUUUAACUAUCAUAACUUUACACAAAUCCAGACAAACCGAGUGAUUCGUGUCAAUCUUUGUAAUUUUGAGACUGGUUCACAAAGACUGAUAUCAAUCGAUUAGUAAGAUUUUAAUCACCUUCAUAGAACGGGUAGUUAAAUUCAGAAUUUGAAUGUGUUUACACAUAAUUUUUAUACUGAAAAAUAUUCAGACGUUUGGUGCUAAUAAAGGAACUUUUUAAUAUAA